AGACAGCAGCAAUGGGAGGCCGUACAGGGACCCAUGACACACUCUGGACCUGGCAGCAGCAUGAGGAGGCGGUACAGGGGCCCAUGACAGAUUACGGGCCUGGCAGCAGCAUGAGGAGUCGGUACGGGGGCCCAUGGCAGAUUACGGGCCUGGCAGCAGCAAUGGGAGGCGCCCGUAAUCUGCCAGCACCCUAUGACAAAAUGGAACCCACCAGCAGUGUGAGGAGACCUGAAAGUGGCACAUGGCAGAGUGUGGCGAUGGAGACAGCAGCAAUGGGAGGCCGUACAGGGACCCAUGACACACUCUGGACCUGGCAGCAGCAU